CCUCAUGACACAUUUCUCCGCCUCCCUGUGUUGGUGGAGAAUGUCUGGAGCAGCAUUUAAAUUCUGGGAGGUCCUGGCUGUCAGCAGCAAGAAGAGAAGGCCAGGACUGCCACACUGUCCAGGACUGGGCUCUCUUCUCAGCAGCCACAGACCAAGGAAAAAUAACCAUGAGAAUUGCAGUGAUUUGCUUUUGCCUCUUGGGCAUUGCCUACGCCAUUCCAAUUAAACAGACUGAUUCUGGGAGCUCGGAGGAAAAGCAGCUUUACAACAAAUACCCAGGUGCUGUAGCUACAUGGCGAAAGCCUGACCCAUCUCAGAAGCAGACUUUCCUAGCACUACAGAAUGCUGUGCUCUCUGAAGAAACUGAUGACUUCAAACAAAAGACCCUUGCAAGUAAGUCCAAUGAGAGCCAUGAUGUGGAUGAUGAAGAUGAUGGAGACGACGUAGAUAGCCAGGACUCUGUUGAUUCCCAUGACACAGAUGACGACUCUAACCAGUCUGAUGAAUCUGAUGAACUGGUCACUGACUUUCCCACCGAUGUUCCGGCAACCCAAUUUUUCACCCCAGCUGUCCCCACAAGAGACUCAUAUGAUGGCCGAGGUGAUAGUGUGGCUUAUGGACUGAGGUCCAAAUCUAAGAAGUCCCACAGAUAUGAAGAUCAGUAUCCUGAUUCUACAGAGGAGGACUUCACAUCACUUGUGAAAAGUCAGAGUACGAAAGAUGACUUCAAUGCCGUCCUCCUUUCCCACACCGUGCAGCGGUCUCCUGACAGGGACAGCCAUGUGAAGGACAGUCAGGAAACAAGUCAGGUGGAUGACCACAGUAUGGAAACCAAGAGCCGCAAGCACUCCAAAGAGUAUAAGCUGAAGGCAAGUGAUGAGAACAAUAAGCAUUCCCAUGAGAUUGGUAGUCAGGAAAGUUCUGAUGUCAGCAGUGAGCUUGUUGGCCAAACAGUUCAAAGCAGUGAAAAGGAGCUAGUCCAACACGCUGAGAGUGAGGAACAAGAUAAACACCUGAAAUUCCGUGUUUCUCAUGAAUUAGAUAGUGCAUCUUCUGAGGUCAAUUAAAAGGAGAAAGUGCGGUUUCUUACUCUGCUUUUAGUAAAAAGAAGAAAAAUACAUGAUAGCAAGAUGGGAGACAAUAUGAAAUGCUUAUUUCUCAGCUUAGUUGGUGAAUGUAUAUGUAUAUGGAUCUGGAAAUAGAUACUAUUUUUGAUCAUUCGUUUAGUGUGUCUCUUCAUGGUAACAUCCUUGUAAACUAAAGCUCCAGGGUUUGGUCUAUGUUCUUUCCAUGUAAGAAAUGCAAACUAUCACCGCAUUUUAAUGUUUGCUAUUCUUUUAUGAAUGGAAAUUUAAAGUAGAAGCAAACAAAAUACUUUUACACACUUAUAAAAGAGAAUAUAAAAUUUUAUGUCACUAUAAUCUUUUGUUUUUUAAAUUAGUGUACAUUUGGUUGUGAUUACUUUUUGUGUGUGUGAAUAAAUCUUAUACCUCAAGUAUAA